AGCGCUUUUCCCUCUGCCUCAAUGCCUCUUCUGUCAACUUCCUGCGUUUCUCUUGUUAAUAUGCUCUAGAAAUCCGCUUCGAUCCUGUCCCGUUUUAACUGCUGUCCCUCGAAAACCCGCCCCUUUCCUCCCCCCGCGCCCCCUCCUUAUCCUUCGUGCAAAUGGCUACCACCAACGGCCACACCGCAAUUUCCGCUGUCGAUGCCGCCGCAGAAGAACGGCGUCGCCUUCAUCAUGAGUCCGACGUGCUAAUUGUGGGCGCAGGCGUCCUUGGAAGCGCCCUGGCAGUCGCAUUGGGCCGACAGGGGCGGAGCGUGCUGCUCCUCGAAAGCUCUCUGAAGGAGCCCGACCGCAUCAUCGGUGAGCUCCUCCAGCCUGGCGGAGUGCAGGCCUUGGAACAAUUAGGUCUACGGGACUGUCUGGAGGGAAUUGAUGCCGUCCCCGUUCGCGGGUACCAUGUCUCUUACCAGGGGGAUACGGUGGACAUUCCGUAUCCCAAGGAGACGCCGUCGUCGCCAGCCCCCGAGGGUCGCGCCUUUCACCAUGGCCGAUUCAUCAUGAAACUGCGUGAAGCCGCUAUGGCCUGUCCCAACGUGACGGUUGUCGAGGCCAAGGCGAUGGAGCUGGUGACCUGCUCGUUCAACGAUAAUGUCCUGGGUGUCAAGACCGUGACCAAGGACGGCAAGACGGAUUGCUACUUCGCCGAUCUCACGGUUGUCGCGGACGGAUACGCCUCGAAAUUCCGCAAGGGACAUCACGAGUACUCUCCCAAGGUGCGGUCGAAGUUCUUUGGUCUCGAACUCAUCGACGCUGCCCUCCCUAAGCCCUUCCACGGACAUAUCCUGCUCAACAGCGAGACUCCGCCCGUCCUGCUGUACCAGAUCGGCACCCAUGAGACUAGGAUCCUGGUCGAUAUCCCCGAGAACCUACCGUCGGCGACAGUCGAGAAGGGCGGCGUCAAGGGCCACCUUCGCAACGUCAUCCUCCCGUCGCUGCCCAAGGGCGCGCAGGGUCCGUUCCUGCAGGCCCUCGAGAAGGGCCAGAUGCGGUCCAUGCCCAAUUCCUUCUUACCGGCUUCCACGAACAAGACUCCCGGGCUGAUCAUGCUGGGUGAUGCGCUCAACAUGCGCCAUCCUUUGACUGGUGGCGGCAUGACGGUCGCGUUCAGCGACGUGGUGGUCAUCCGCGACGUGCUUAGUCCCGAGAACGUUCCCAACCUGGCAGAUACCAAGAAGGUGCUGAAGCAGAUGGAGGUCUUCCACUGGAAAAGAAAGCACGGGUCAUCCGUGAUCAACAUUCUCUCCAUGGCUCUUUACAGUCUAUUUGCUGCUGGUAACCCCAAUCUCAAAGUUCUCCAACGCGGCUGCUUCCGCUACUUCCAACUUGGCAUCACCAAAGGCCCCGUUAGUCUCCUCGCAGGCAUCAUCAAGGAACCGCUCGUGCUCUUCUGGCACUUCUUCUCCGUCGCCUUUCUUUCCCUCUGGGUGCUCUUCCGCGAAAGUGCCCUGUACAUGCUCCCUUUCUUUCCCUUCCAGAGUAUCUCGGUAUUCGUCACCGCUUGCGUGGUGAUUUUCCCUUAUAUUUACAUGGAGCUUUUAAAAUGAAGUCAAGGAGAGGGUGUUAUGGUUUGGAAAAAGGAAAGAAAAAAACGAAACAUUAGAAAAGGUGAUAGCAGGGGACCGUUAUAUUUUAAUUUCCUUUUUGUUCUUUUUCUUUUGCUUUAUUUAUUUUAAUACGGAUUCAGGUAUGAGUUUGGGAUUCGUUCAAAGGUCUCUGCAUGUAUGUAUAUUAUGUUGACAUGUGAUCAU